AUGGCCUCCUCUUCAUCUUCUUCUUCUCCUCCUGUAGCCUCAGAUGCCUCCUCUUCUUCCUGGGCGGGUGUUGGAGGAUUUGUGGACUUUAUUUUCACUCAGGAGCCUCAGGACACGGUGACGGUACGAGGUGGCGUGCUACAGCUCAACUGCCAGGCACACUCAGACUCCACAGCAGGACCUCCUAUCAUCACGUGGCGUAAGGACGGGGUGCUGCUGAGCACGGUUGUGGAUGAACGGCGGCGCCAGCUGAGUAAUGGCUCAUUAUUGGUGCAGAAUGUGGUUCAUUCACGACACCAUCGGCCUGACGAGGGCGGAUAUCAGUGCCUUGCUACGCUGGACGGAGUGGGUAGCAUCGUGAGUCGGACUGCCAGGGUCACCGUUGCUGGUCCUCUAAAGGUCAUUGUCCCAACAGAGUCUGUCUCUUCGUACCUUGGUGACACCGCCUUGCUCCACUGUGAGGUUUCCGGUGACCCCGCCCCUGUCAUACGCUGGCAGAAGAACCAUGAGGACCUGAUCCUGACCUUUGACCAUAACUCACGGGUGGUAGUGCUACCGUCCGGCUCAUUGCAGGUCAGCCGUGUCCAGCCGCCAGACUCGGCCAUGUACCGCUGCCUGGCUGAUAACCCCAGUAGCACCAGGACAGGGACAGAUGCUGAGCUCCACGUGCUACCAGAACCCGGGCUGAUCAGGAACCUGCAGUUCCUCCAGCGUCCGUCCGCAGUCACAGCUCUUCUGGGAACUGACGCUGUUCUGGAAUGUUCUGCCACCGGAUAUCCGACUCCGAGUAUCCAGUGGAGGAGAGGGGAGGAGCUAAUCCAGAGCUGGAAUAAGAAGUUCUCUCUGCUGGCCGGCAGUAAUCUGAUCAUCAGGAGCGUCACCGAUGAUGAUUCUGGUUCUUACGGCUGCACGGCCGCCAACAAAAUCCACAACAUCACCGCCACCGCGCAGCUCAGCGUGCACGUUCCUCCUCAGUUCCUGAGCUAUCCCACCAACACGUAUGCCUAUGAGUCUACAGACAUCGAGCUGGAGUGUGCAGUAACGGGAAACCCGCCGCCGAGCGUCCGCUGGAUGAAGAACGGUGAGGAGGUCAUCCCCAGUGACUACUUCCAGAUCGUGGAUGGCAGUAACCUUCAAAUUUUGGGCUUGGUGAGGUCGGAUGAAGGAUUUUAUCAGUGCAUCGCUGAGAAUGUGGCUGGUACUUCACAGGCAAUGGCUCAGCUGGUACUGCGAGAACCAGAGGCCAUGCCCACUCAGUAUCGACCCUCCCACACUGCACCUCCUGCUCCUUCUGGCUCCGCUUUGACUCACUCCUCCUCCUCUGAUCCCCCACCAGUGUCCCCCAGCCCCGGCGUUGCCCUCCCCUCUGCUCCCCGUGAUCUGGUCCCUGUCCUAGUGUCCAGCCGCUUUGUCCGCCUCAGCUGGCGCCCCCCUUUUGAGACGGGAGGAUCUGUGCAGACCUACGGGAUUUAUUACUCUCAGGACGGAGUGGAAAGGGAGAGGUCAGUGAACGUGUCAGAGCCUGAGUCCUUGGAACUGACUGUUUCAAACCUGAAGCCUGAUGAGGUGUACAGUUUCAGAGUCAUCGCCUACAACAGCAUGGGACCAGGAGAGAGCUCCACCCCUCUGAGGAUAACCACCAAACCGGACCUCCAGGUUCCCAGCAGGGUGGAGUCUCUCCGUGCUGAGUCUCUGUCUCCGACCUCGGUCCAGGUGGGCUGGGACCCUCCAGGACAUCCCAACGGUCCCUUGAUGGGCUACAGAGUGUUGUGGAGUGAGAGUCUGUCUGGAAAGGAACAGAGCAUGGACGUGAAUGGACCCAACUACAAGAUUGAUGGACUCAAUAAGUUCACAGAGUACAGAAUUUGGGUGUUGGCUAUUAACCGUUAUGGACCAGGCAUCACCUCAGAGGCUGUGAGCGUCAUCACCCAAUCUGACGUGCCAAGCGCUCCUCCUCAGAACAUCACCUUAGAAGUCGUCCUGUCCAGGAGCAUUAAGGUGUCAUGGCAACCGCCUCCUCAUAGUGCCCACAAUGGAAUCAUCACCGCGUAUAAGAUCAGAUACAGGAAGACCGGUCGUCGUGGCGACCAGGAAGCCAUAGAGCCAAACAACUUCUGGUACCUGUUUACAGGUUUGGACAAAGGCAGCCAGUACAGCUUCCAGGUCACCGCCAUGACGACCAACGGGACCGGCCCGUUCAGUGAGUGGACUACGGCGGAGACGCCCGAAAAUGAUUUGGAUGAGAGUCAGGUUCCAGACCAGCCCAGCUCGCUGCACGUCAGACCACUGCCCAACAGCAUCAUCAUGUCCUGGACUCCACCCCUCAGCCCCAGCAUCCUGGUCCGAGGCUACAUCAUCGGCUAUGGUGUGGGAAGUCCCUAUGCUGAGACCGUGCGAGUGGACAGCAAGCAGAGAUACUACUCCAUAGAAAAUCUGGAGCCGAGUUCACACUACGUGAUUUCUCUGAAGGCCUUCAACAACGCCGGUGAAGGAGUCCCCCUGUACGAGAGCGCCGUCACUCGAUCUCUAACAGACCCCAUAGACCCGUCUGAGGAUGACCUUUUCCACCUCUUUGAUAAAUACCCAACUCCCAUACCAGACACCAGCACCCCCAUGAUCCCCCCAGUGGGAGUCCAAGCGGUGGCUCUGUCCUCGGAUUCGGUCCGGGUCUCUUGGGCCGACAACUCCAUGACCAAGAACCAGAAGGCGUCUGAGGUCCGGUACUACUCUGUCAAGUGGAAGACCAGCUACUCCACCAGUGGAAAGUACAAGUCUGCAGACACGACGGCACUCAGCCACACCGUCACCGGACUCAAACCAAACACCAUGUAUGAGUUCGCUGUCAUGGUAACCAAAGGAAGGAAGUCCAGUACCUGGAGCAUGACGGCCCACGCCACCACAUAUGAAGCAGCUCCUAGCUCAGCCCCCAAAGACCUGACAGUGAUCAGUCGAGAGGGACGACCGCGUGCCAUUUUAAUCAGCUGGCAGCCGCCAAUGGAGGCCAACGGCCGGAUCACAGGUUACAUCGUAUACUACACGCUGGAUAAGAACAUGCCUAUUGAUGACUGGAUGAUGGAAGCGAUCAGUGGCGAUCGGCUGACCCACCAGCUCGUCGAUCUCAACCUCGACACCAUUUACUACUUCAGGAUUCAAGCCAAGAACGCCAAAGGAGUCGGACCGCUGUCUGAGCCUGUCCAUUUCAGGACAACCAAAGUUGAGCAUCCUGAUAAAAUGGCCAAUGAUCAAGGUCGAGGAGGAGACCACGCCUACUGGCCGUCUGACACCAACCUGAUUGACAGGAGCAACAUCAACGAGUCUCCCAUUGGUCAGAUGCGUCCGCCUCACGGCAGCGCAACACCUCAGAAGAACAGCAACCUGCUGGUGGUCAUCGUGGUGUCGGUGGGAGCUGUUACUGUGGUCGUGGUUGUCAUCGUGGCACUCAUCUGCACCCGCCGCUCCUCUGCCCAGCAAAGAAAGAAGAGAGCGAGCCACAGUGCCAGUAAGAGGAAGGGUAGCCAGAAGGACCUCCGACCUCCUGACCUCUGGAUCCACCAUGAGGAGAUGGAGAUGAAGAAUAUGGAGAAAGCUCCAAGCGUGGCUCCAUCUGGACAUGAGUCGCCGAUCCAAUCCUGCCAGGACCUCCCGCAGGUGGCCCACAGCCAAUCAGAGAGCCAGAUGGGCAGCAAGAGUAGCCACUCAGGAGCCGAUGCUGAUGAAACGUCCAGCAGUAUUUCCACUCUGGAGCGCGCCCUAGCUGCCAGGAGGGGAACACGAGGAAAAAUGAUGAUUCCUAUGGACUCACAGCCAAGUAACACUCCGGUGGUCAGUGCCGUGGCGGUGCCGGCUCUGGAUUCGUCUCAGUAUCCUGGUAUUCUACCGUCACCUUCCUGUGGCUUCACUCAUAACAAGUUCAGCUUGAGGCCGAUGCCUUUUCCCAGCCUCACCAUGGACAGAGGAUACACACCAGUGAUGUCCACAGACACCUCUUCCACACCACUCCUCCAGCAGCAGCAGCCUCCUCCCCAGCAGCCUCCUCCCCUCCUCCCUGGCUCCUCAGCUCAGCCUGGAGACCACAUUCCUGGUGUUGGUCCAGUCCCUGUGGUCGGUCCGGUCCCUGGGGCUCCUGCUGCUGUCGCUGAAGAGGCUCAGUCCGGGACGAGUCGUACCAUCCCCACGGCAUGCGUCCGACCCACCCACCCUCUACGCAGCUUCACCAACCCACUGCUGCCGCCGCCCAUGACCACCUUGGAUCCUAAAGUGUACACGUCCAUGGUGCCACAGUCCACUGCCAGCCUCCCAAAGCCACAGGUGAAGACUGCUUCGCUUGGCCAAGCCGGAAAGGCUCGCUCCCCUCUGCUGCCCGUGUCGGUUCCUACAGCACCAGACAUACUGGAGGAAGGAGUAACAAAACCCAGUGAGGAUUCAGCCACCAACGUUUACGAGCAGGACGACCUCUCAGAGCAGAUGGCCAGCCUUGAAGGUCUGAUGAAGCAGCUCAAUGCCAUUACUGGCUCCGCCUUCUAACCUCUGACCCUGGCUUAGCCACAGCUGUGGUCCAGUCAGGACCUCGCCUUGACCACACCCGUUGUCCAUUCCUUAACGGCUACAACAGGUUGACCUGGGAUUGAAGACACCUGUGAGGAAUCAGACCUCCAGCCGGGUUGGAUUUGUUUCACAUCUGUUGGUGUCAGUGGGCUUGGGGAAAUCAUUAAAUAUUGAAGCAAGGGACACACAACUACAGCAGCACGGCAUCAAGUCCACCAUGUGGUGGAGGUGUUUCUUUUGGAGUUCAAAGUAACUCUCCCCCAAACCCUUCAACCCUGGAACAAAUCCGACACCUGGCACUUUGAUUUCAUAGACACGAGGAACAGCUUAUCACAAAAAAAGAUGAAAAUAAAUGAAUCCCCCUGUUUUCUUCUUUGUGGUAUUUAUUAGCUUCCUCCUCCAGCUCAGUUCCUGUGACUGUACCUCGCUUUUUCCCUGGUCGCUGUUGGGAUUCCUUUUGUCUUUAGUUUUGUGUCACUUACAGGACAAGGUUCCACACUGGUACUGAAGCUAUGUUAGGAAAUAUACAAAGUUUCCUUGCCACCAAAGUUUCACCAAAACAUUCUUUUUUCGCUCACCCGGACCUCAGAUUGUGGAGAUGCUCAGUUGUCUCUCCAGAGUCUUUCCAUCUGUUUUUCCUGACUUUGUUGAACCUCUUCUGAUCUGCUGUGGAUCCUGAGAUAAAAAAUAGUAAUAAUAAUGGUUUGACCUUUUUUUUUUUUUUUUUUUUUUUUUUUACCUGGAUCUGCACUGGUGUAGAACCAGUCUGGAUCCAGUUGCCAGGACUAAAUUGUGGCCUCUGCAGACCGCCACAGUCUGUUGCUGCUCUUGACCAAGCCUUUACACUCCAGAACCACAAAACUGAAACAUUUACAAAAACUGUGUCAUUGCCAAAUUCUGAUCUAUAACCGUUGUUUUUGCUCCUUGUUCACAUCCAUCAUAGUCCUGGAUUUGGACUAGCAGGAA